CUCCGGACUCCUCCCGCCACCCCCUGCGGCCCCAAAACCGGAAGUGGGCUCCCCAAACAAUCGAGAGUCGCAGUCAGCUCUAGGCAAGUGCUGGUGUCCCAUCCCCACCACCAUUCCCACUUCCAUCCCCGGGAGAAACCGCAGGACCACGUCGAACAUGGAAAAAUAUCUCUUUAACCUAAAGUUUGCUGCAAAAGAGCUUAAAAGGAAUGCCAAAAAAUGUGAUAAAGAAGAAAUGGCUGAAAAGGACAAGAUUAAAAAGGCCAUCCAAAAGGGCAAUACAGAAGUGGCCCAAAUACACGCUGAAAAUGCAAUCCGCCAGAAAAACCAAGCAGUUAAUUUCCUGAGAAUGAGUGCUCGAGUAGAUGCGGUAGCAGCUAGAGUUCAGACAGCUGUGACAAUGGGCAGGGUAACUAAGUCAAUGGCGGGUGUGGUGAAGUCUAUGGAUGCUACAUUGAGCAGCAUGAACCUUGAGAAGAUAUCUGCCUUAAUGGACAAAUUUGAACACCAUUUUGAAACAUUAGAUGUUCAAACACAACAAAUGGAAGACACAGUGAGCAGCACUGCAGUACUAACAACUCCACAAAACCAAGUAGAUAUGCUCCUUCAAGAAAUGGCAGAUGAAGCAGGCCUUGAUCUCAACAUGGAGCUCCCACAGGGUCAGACUGGUUCUGUUGGCACAAGUGUUGCUGCAGCAGAACAGGAUGAACUAUCACUGAGACUUGCCCGCCUCCGUGACCAAGUGUAA